CAUUUGUGCGUCAUGACAACGCCGCGUGAAUAUUGAAAGUUAGAGGAUUGUCGUCAAAACAUGACAUAACGAUCGAAUAUAUCUAGUAGAAGAAGUAUAAAAACAGCAGCAAUCAACUUAUUAUUCGCAGUUAUUCCUAUUAGACGGACUGAAGUAAAACGGCUGGAUUAUAUAAAAGCAAGAUGUAUUUUUUAAUGCAAAUAAUAUUCAUCGUCGUUAACGGUAUAUACCUAGCAUUGGUUUGGAUACUAUCGUUUAUCCACUACAGGAAGCCACCAAGUAUACCACCAAUAACAGAGCCCUUAUUGAUGAUAAGUGCUACUGAGCUAGCUAAAAAAAUCAGAGAAAGAAAGUAUACAAGCUACGAAGUGGUAAGCGCAUACAUCAAACGAAUCAAGGAGGUGAAUCCUUAUCUAAACGCCAUCGCCGAAGACCGAUUCGAGAUCGCUUUAACCGAGGCGAAAAAUUGUGAUAACCUGUUGGAAGCUGGCAAUGUGGAUAUCGUAGAAUUACAAAAACAAAAACCGCUUUUCGGUAUACCGUUCACUGUGAAAGAAAGUUUACCUGUUAAAGGACUCAGUCAUACGGGCUGCACUUUACCUCUCAAAGGAAGGAAAGCAAGCACCGAUACUUUUGUUGUCAAGACGCUGCGAGAUGCCGGCGCGAUACCGCUAUGCGUCACCAACACUCCGGAACUGUGCUGUGGUUUCGACAGCUACAAUUUUCUAUACGGUCGUACGCAUAAUCCGUACGAUACCAGAUACAUAACCGGCGGUUCAUCCGGCGGUGAGGCUGCAUUGCUCGGCGCAGGCAGUUCCUUGAUCGGAAUCGGCUCGGACAUCGGCGGUUCUAUAAGGUUACCAGCACUUUUCUGCGGGAUCUUUGGAUUCAAACCCUCGCCGAAAGUUAUUCCGAGCAGAGAUCAUUUUCCAUCGAACAAUAACGAAAAUUUCCAAAAUUACAUGACGUUCGGCCCGAUGACUAGGUACGCAGACGAUCUCAGUCUGUUUAUGAAAGUGAUAUCGAUGAAAUCCAAUUGCGACUUAUGUCUAGACGAGCCGGUCGAUUGGAAGCAAAUGAAGGUCUAUUACCGAGACAGUCUGAGUAAAUCACUUAGCAUUUUGUCACUGUCACCGGAAUUCAAACAAUGCAUUCUAAAAGCUGCUAUUCAUUUUGUCGAACGCGAUGUUCAUACGGAGGAGAUACCGAUAGAGUGGCCUGCGCGGUUAUUCGAAAUGAUAUUGGCGCAUCUUUUGGAUGUGGGACAGAUUAACUUACUUAUGGAUACCAAGAAUCCCAAGCUUCGAAAGAACCUUAUAGUAGAAAUGAUAAAAGCUAUAUUCGGGCAGUCGCAGUACACGAUGUCUUUACUAUGUUUCGAGUCUAUGAAGCAUAUCUUUCCUAUGUUCUCGGGAAAGGAGACCUUACGUAAUUACUUCCUGGAGUUCAAGGAAUUUAAACAGAAAUUGGAGAAUUUAUUGGGAAAAAACGGAGUGUUAAUUUAUCCAACUUUCCGAAUCACAGCACCUUUCCCGGAACCGGUCCUCGCUGAAGCAAGAAGUAGCAUGGCGUAUUGUAGUUUAGCUAAUAUCCUUGGCUUCCCCGCAGUACAAAUACCAAUGGGACUUAACAACAAGGGGAUGCCCAUAGGUUUUCAGGUAAUAGCUGCACCAUAUCAGGACCGUCUCUGUUUGGCUGCUGCAAAGGAGUUAGAGACGGCCUUCGGUGGUUGGGUACCACCUUCGAUAUCAACAAUAAACAAUUAAGAGAUUAUCGAUAUCUCUUAAUAAAUUAUUCUUUUCAUUUUAUAUCUGCUGCUUCUGUUCACACACAUACACACUUGCUAGUAAUUUAUUGGCCUGUCCUUCUUAGUAGAUUGGCUGCGUUAAUUUAAAAAAUGUAUAAUAUAAUAAAAUUUAAGAAGCUUAUAUACGAGAUUUUCAUGCUUCAGUGCACAUAAAUUUCUUGAAUUAAUGCAGCUGAUUCUAUUAAAAGAAGAAAUCAUAUGUGUUUUAACAUUGCUGAUAACUGUUAUAUUUUUAACCUUCUUUUGUUUAUUAUUUUAUAAUUUUUAGUAAACAACGAGUACCCGCUGAUACUUUUUUUAAAUUACUAAGAUUACUAAGAAUUAUGCACUUGACAAUAUAUUUUAAGA